AUGUCUCACCAAGAAUUAAAAGUCAAUGGUACCAUUUCUACUAUAAAAGGUAUCGGAACAUCGGGACCUUUCUUCUACCCGUUGCAAAAUCCAGAAACCGGCACCACGAUAUCCGAAAACCCACCAGCAUUAUUUCAACCACUAACAAUUCGCGGUGUCAAAUUUGCAAAUCGAGUGGUUGUAUCGCCAAUGUGUAUGUACAGUUGUAAAGACGGAUCUUUGACAGAUUUUCAUCUAGCUCAUUUGGGUCAAUUCGCGUUACGUGGUGCCGGUUUGAUAUUCGUUGAGGCUACCGCAGUCUUGCCCAAUGGUAGAAUAUCAACGGAAGAUAGUGGGAUUUGGGACGAUAAACAUGUGGGCCCAUUAAAGCGUGUUGUGGAUUUUGUACAUUCGCAGGGUGUAAAGAUUGGGCUUCAGAUUGCACACGCUGGACGUAAAGCCUCAACAAGAUCACCGUUUACAGUUGAACAAAACCCACAACUUACAAUGCUUGUUCCCAAAGAAGACAACGGAUGGCCAGAUAACGUGGUUGGACCAUCGCCAAUUCCAUGGGACUCUGAACACGCAACUCCCAAUCAACUCAGCAUCGAUGAAAUUCAAGAAAUAAUUGAUGCGUUCGGAAAAGCUGCCGAACGUGCAAUAGAAGCCGGCUUUGACGUGUUAGAACUUCACUUUGCACACGGAUACCUUCUCUCUGAAUUCUUUUCACCGUUAUCAAAUGAAAGAACUGACGAAUAUGGUGGAAACUUUGAAAACAGAAUUCGAUUCGGUCUCGAAAUAGCAGAACGCGUACGUACUAUUUGGCCAACUGACCGACCUUUAUUUGCCAGAGUCUCUGCGACAGAAUGGGUCGAUAAUAACGAACAAUCUUGGAACAUAGAUCAAACUGUGGAACUUGCAAAAUCUUUAAAAGUACUUGGAGUAGAUCUAAUUGAUUGCUCAUCCGGUGGUAAUAUCUCUUAUCAACGCAUUCCGGUCACACCGUCGUUUCAAGUUCCAUUUGCCGAACGGGUAAGAAAAGAAGCAGAUAUUAAAACGGGCGCAGUCGGAAAAAUCACCGAAGCUCAUCAAGCAAACGAGAUCGUGGAGCAGAAACAAGCUGAUUUGGUGUUUAUCGGGAGAGCAUUUCUGAAUAAUGCUGGUUGGGUGCAGAAAGCGGCUCAGCAACUUGGUGUCAAGAUUGCGUGGCCGGUACAAUAUCAUCGACGCGGAAACUAUCAAUUAUGA